AUGUUCAACGGGGAUGCCAGCUCCUCGGCGGCCAGGAAUGUCGUCCGCAGCUCCAGCAUCAGCGGCGAGAUGUACAACAUCGAGAAGAGCGCGCGGGGCAGCGCCGACUCCGUCAGCAUCACUGCCAGCAAGAAGAGGCGCUCCAGCCUGGGCGCUAAGAUGGUGGCCAUCGUGGGGCUGUCCCAGUGGACCAAGCAAAAAGUGCCGGAGCCAGAGGGUGGCCCCAAAAAGCUGCGCAGCAACAUCCGGCGGAGCACGGAGACGGGCAUCGCGGUGGAGAUGAGGACCAGGGUCACCCGGCAAGGCAGCCGGGAAUCCACCGACGGCAGCACCAACAGCAACAGCUCUGACGGCACGUUCAUCUUCCCCACGACCCGGCUGGGCGCCGAGAGCCAGUUCAGCGACUUCCUCGACGGGCUGGGGCCAGGCCAGCUGGUGGGGCGCCAGUCUCGUCCCUCCGCCCUAGGUGAUGUCCAUGUUGGCAUGGCCGACCGCAACGGGCAGCUGGAGGUGGAGGUGAUCCAGGCAAGGGGACUCAUCCCGAAGAUGGGCUCCAAGUCCAUCCCUGCCACCUACGUGAAAGUUUACCUGCUGGAGAACGGUGUCUGCCUGGCCAAGAAGAAGACCAAAGUGGUGAAGAAAACCUGCGACCCAUCCUACCAGCAGCCUCUGCUCUUUGAGGAGAGCCCCCAGGGCAAAGUCCUGCAGGUGAUCGUCUGGGGAGAUUACGGGCGCAUGGACCACAAGUGCUUCAUGGGGAUGGCCCAGAUUGUCUUGGAGGAGCUCGACCUCUCCAGCGUGGUUGCGGGCUGGUACAAACUCUUCCCCACCUCCUCGCUGGCCGACUCCAGCAUCGGACCUCUGACGCGCCGCCUCUCCCAGUCCUCCCUGGAGAGCUCCACCAGCCCCUCCUGCCCGUAG